GAUUUUCUUGUGAAGUGAUGUCAUUACAUAAUAGGAACACGUGUCCUUUUAUUUUUCGUUACUAUUUCAUUAACUCGUACAAAAAUAUUCAAAUUCUAAAAUAAAUUCUGUCUCUGAUAAGAAUUUUCAUCGAUCUGUCAAAGUGUUUCAAAUUGUAACAAUGUUAAUCCGGUAAAGAAGCACAGUAUUAAUUAAAAAUGUUAAAUGAAACAAAUAAUUCUAAACGGAGCGAAAGCGCGAAAAAUAUUAUCAUUACGUCGCUUGUCUCAGGUUCCGUCGCGGGAAUUGUUUGCGAUCUCAUAUCUUUCCCUUUGGAUACUCUUAAAACACGAUUACAAAGUCAGCAUGGUUUUGUGCAAUCCGGUGGUUUCAAACGGCUAUAUCAAGGUUUAGCCCCAGUACUGAUAGGAUCAGCUCCCUCCGCUGCCUUGUUUUUUAUAACAUACAACGGGAUAAAAGAAGUCUUUCAACCUCGUAUACCCGAACAAUAUUACCCGAUUAUGCAUAUGUCGGCUGCGGCAAUAGGAGAAGCGAUUGCAUGUGUUAUCCGAGUACCGGUUGAGGUAGUGAAACAAAGGAAACAAGCACUUUUAGAAGACCCGCACAAAUUACCAUUAAGAACUUUGUAUCGUGGCUAUGGAAGUACAGUAAUUCGGGAUUUACCGGUUGGUCUGAUUCAGUUACCACUUUGGGAAUAUUUUAAACUAUGUUGGACAAAACAUGUAGGACGAGAAUGCACUCCUAUGGAAGGUGCCAUGUGUGGAGCGUUAUCAGUCGCUGUAUCCGCGAUUGUGACAACGCCUUUGGAUGUUGCGAAAACUAGAAUAAUGUUAUCGAACGCAUCGGCAGGAAAAGACGAAGUAAAGAUAUUUACAAUGUUAAGAAGGAUUUAUCGAGAAUGUGGUAUUAAAGGAUCUCACUAUUUAUGUUGCAAUAAAACUGCUCACGUUCAAGAAAGGCACAAGAUACAUACGAAGCAUUUAAUAAUUGUAUUUUACACUUUGAUUAUUAAUAAUAAUAUUAUACGUACUACACUUUUUAAAGGCUAAUAUUUAUUAAUUUUUAAAUGGAUGAGACAUGCACAAAUUAAAGGAAUGUAAAAUAUGAAUGUAUUUAAAAAUAAUCCUUUCAGCAGGGAAUAACGAUUCCCUUAAAGUUAUGUAUAUUAAUGUGUCAAGAUGCGAUAUACCGUGCAUUGAUUUACACGCAUAAUAUUUACUUACACAAAGUAAUGUGAUAUAUAUUAAAGGUGAAAGAAUUAUGAUAAUUCUUAAUACUGACUUUAGAAAGAUUGACAACAAUAUGUACCUUUGGACUUGUUACUUAUCUCAAUUGUUUCUUCUAAUUCUUGUAAAUUAUCUGGGUCAGAUGCAAAGUCUUGGGCAAUUUCAUUAAACAAUUCAGCUAAAAAAAUAAAUUCAUAAAUAUUCCAAAUAUAA